UUCAACACUAGCAUUCGCAUCCAUGGCGUUUUAGGAUGGCUGUGCUCCCAUUGUAUGGUGCAAAAGUCACCUUCGCAUACAACACCCUCAUUAAAGCCCAUGCUUCUUCAUCUCCCUCUCUUGCUUUCUCCCUUUUCUCUAACAUGCGCCGAGCUGGCGUCUCGCCCGAUCACUUCACUUUCCCUUUUGUACUCAAGGCUUGCUCUCGUCUACAAAUGGGUCAAGACCUCCAUUCCCUGAUAGUAAAGCUUGGCUUUGAUACUAAUAUUUAUGUACAGAACGCGUUGAUUAACUUUUAUGGGUGUUGUGGCUCGGUUCAUGUUGCUUUCAAUGUGUUCGAAGAAAUGCUUGCUAGGGACCUCGUCUCAUGGUCAUCCAUGAUUGCUUCUUUGGCUAACAAUGGUCUUGCGCAAGAAGCCUUGGCUUUAUUUAGACAAAUGCAACUUGAUGGAGAUGUAAAGCCUGAUGAGGUGACAAUGCUCAGUGUUGUAUCUGCUAUUUCUAACUUGGGGGUUUUAAAGUUGGGUAUGUGGAUUGAUGCUUAUAUUUCCAGAAAUAGGUUGAAACUUACCGUAUCAUUGGGUACCUCUCUGAUCAAUAUGUACUCCAGAUGUGGCUCUGUUGAUGAUUCUAUCAGGGUGUUUGAUAAGAUGCCUGAGAGAAACGUGUUAACCUGGACAGCUUUGAUUAAUGGGCUUGCUGUGCAUGGACGUUGCAGGGAGGCUCUUAAAGGGUUCUAUGAGAUGAGAGAAACCGAUUUGCGACCCGAUCAUAUUACAUUUACUAGUGUUUUAGUAGCUUGCAGCCAUGGUGGUCUUGUUGAUGAUGGCUGGAAAGUUUUCAAAAGCAUUAAGACCGAAUACGGUAUGGAACCUACAGUCGAGCAUUAUGGGUGUAUGGUCGAUCUCCUAGGCCGUGCAGGCAAGCUCCAUGAGGCCUUUGAAUUCAUAGAAAAAAUGCCCUAUAAACCAAAUGCCAUUAUUUGGAGAACUCUGCUUGGAGCUUGUGUAAAUCAUAACAAUCUUGCAUUAGCGGAGGAAGCAAAGGAGAAGAUCAAUCAGCUAGAACCCCAUCACGAUGGUGACUACGUGCUUCUAUCAAACGCAUAUGCCGAAGUUGGAAGAUACAGUGAGAAAACUGAGCUCAGAAACUCUAUGCAAGAGAAGAAAAUUAGCAAGAAACCUGGAUAUAGCUUGCUGACAGUGGAAGAGGAGAUUCAUGAGUUCGUAUCAGGAGAUAGUUCGCAUCCUGAAUCAGAGGAAAUCAGGAAAUUGCUAGUCUGUAUUAUUGAUAGUCUUAGAGUUGAAGGGUAUACACCCCAUACAUCCAAUGUGUUUCAUGACAUUGAAGAGGAGGAGAAAGAGCAUAGUCUUAGCUAUCACAGUGAAAAGUUAGCAGUUGCAUUUGCUCUUCUUAGGUUUAAGGACAGAAGAACUAUAAGAAUCAUGAAAAAUGUCCGAACUUGUCGCGACUGUCAUGACUUCCUGAAGCAUGUCUCAGGAAAGUUUGAUAAAGAAAUUGUUGUCAGGGAUCGGAAUAGGUUCCAUCGUUUCAGAAAUGGAACUUGUUCUUGCCAUGAUUAUUGGUAAGAAAUGCUCCAACUUUGGCCCUCGACCUACCCUUUUCUUUCCAAAGGAAGGAUUUUUAUUUUCAGUUGAUUGAGGAUUGAAUUCUCCACUAUAGCAUCACAUAAUCACAUGUUAAAAAAUUGAUUUUGGUGUUUAGAAU